AUGGGCAACGCACCGUCUGUCGAGACGCUGCAUUCUCAAUCAAAUAUUCACGCCGCGCAGGAUGAUAUAUGUCCGCCGCCGCCAGCCAAAAGGCAGCCGCAGAAGCUCUCAAAGCCACGCGUCGGCAAUCAUGCAUCGUCCAAUACAGCUUCCCGCCGUCGGGACUCGAACGCUCCGUCGAUUGCUUCCAGCGUCUCACCGCUUCCGCCGAACCCUAGCCCCAAUCCCAACCAAAACUUGACCGUGGACACGCGCCGAUCCUCUGCAUUGCCAUCGCCAGUGAUGCUUUCCCCAGCGCCAUCGAGCUUUUCCAAUGUUCUCAUAGCGCCUUCAAUCCCGCAGGAGACAACUUCGAACCACACCGGCGGCUCCAAAGACUGGUAUCGACGCUCCUCGGGGCUUUUCCGGUCGAAAAGUUCCCAAGAGGACAGGACGAAUAGGAGAAGAAGCGGCCUGGUGCCACCCAUGCCUGGCGAGAGGUCUUCCAGAGCAAAUUCCAUGAACUGGGAAUCUCAAGCAAAUUUGGACCACGCCAGGCAACAGUUGGAGAGCUGGAAUAUCGCUGGUAACCGCCAGUCGGUCAAUUACGACAUGUCUUCUUACGAGUCGAGGCGAUUGCUCAACAUGGCGGACCGAACCCUGGUCCAGGAGCCCGAAUCAUUUACGGUUGAACCCCAGCUGGGUGAAAUUGAUCAAGCCACGUGGAAGAGCUCACAUCCUCACGAGGUGCCAGCUGUAUCCAUACCGAGAGUGAAUUCUAACGUGUCCCUUUAUGCGCCUGCUCGUCGUCGCUCAGUGAUCCAGACGCCUGGUGUGGCGACGCGCAAGCCAGGGGAUAGUUCCGUGUCACGAAAAUCGAGCUUCCGCCACAGCCACCCGCCGACCCCCGUAGGUGGUCGCUCCAGGCGUGGUUCGUACGUGGCAGAAGCCGAAGUCGUACGGGUCAUAUCGAUGCCACCCCCGAGAAUCAUUGCCGUGGAUGAGGUGGAAAGGGUGGAGACUCCGUCAGAGCUCGAUUACAGGCAGCUGGGAGCCAUGAAGCACGGUUCCCUGAGAAUUACCAACGGCGCCGCCAGCCCCGCCCCCAGUAUCGACGGCGACCUUCCGCACGACAAUGCUUUCGAUAGGGCCCAGGAAUGCGAGAUACCCAUGGCGGUGCAAACUCCCAAGCAGACGCUUGCUCCUAUCACUACCACUUUUAUCAAUCGCAAGACUGUUUCUUCCGUAUCCCAGAGCACGUUUGUCGGUUACGAAGAGCCUGGAGAUACGUCGGGUCACUGUCUUUCGCCCGAGUACGCCCCUUACGAGGUUCUCGACGUAAGAGAAGAUCCCAGUGCAAAGCCGGCUAUUGAACGACCCGUAGCAAGGCAAGAUAUUGCACAAGGCGUCGUGCGAACCGACAGUGGGCUUGUCAUCACACCUGUAUCAGAGGGGCCUGCAGACGUUCUCAGACCUUUAGCAAAAGCCGAUUCUGGAUAUAGCUCAAACGUCUCGCUGCGUUCGUUCAGCUCCAGGAAGGCUGUUGGAGGGAAUGAACGCCCCAGUCGCGCCAGAACAGAUGGGAAGGCCAAGAUAUGGAGCGAUGCCAUGGAUACAAGUCCUAACACUAACGACCUCAAUGGAAUGGGCUCGACGCAGCCUUGCAUUUCAGAUCACCAAGUUGAGAGCAACACUGCGCUAUCACCUCGAAUUUGUUCGCCGACAGACCUUGCUUCUCCGAAGCAGGUUCUCUCGCCUUGGAGUCCUCUCCAGACAGCGUCCGACGACAUGCACUCUCCGUCCUCCUCGAGCAAGAUGCGUAAAAGGCUGCACGCUUCCUCGUCCUACAUCUUCGGCCGAACGCCUGAGAAAUCAGAAAGUACGCCGGCUGGCUCUGCAUCUAUGGGUCCUGCAGAGGAAAGAUCCAGCUCAGCGCUGAGUAUCGGCGGCAACAGCAGCAACAGAAACAAGCUCCAAAGGCUGCUUAGUGGCGCAGGUAUGCGCGGGCCGCCUGCAGUUCACCCAACCCAUUCUGUCGAAUCGUCUAUUCCAUCAAUACCUCGGGAGGUUGAGGCAAAACUUAUGGAACACACGGGAAAGUAUCCAAUGAUGUCCAAGCAACUCACUGUGCAUCAUCAACCAAGCAAAGACACCCUGAAGACAAUAUUGAGUGUCGGUAGCGUAGAAGCUGGUGGUAUCAACAGCAUUCGGGACUCGUUGACUUCACCAGAAGCAACCUCAGCUGCUGUCGCUGAGACGUCCAAAGUUGCACGUCGACGGAGUCUGCAGCCCAUUUCGGCGUCAAUCUCUCAGGCAGCAGCAGCGAUCAUGUCGCGCAAAAGCAUCCGGCGAAAGCCGAUCUCCACGCACAAGCAACAGAGCGACCAGUCUCAAGAAAAUGAACUCAUCCAGAACGGUUUCGAAUCGAGCGUCACGAGCAUUGACUCGACCCGCGAUAGCGUUGGCCGAAGUGCGUUCGAUCAAGCCUUCACCGCCCUUCCCGCGAAUGACCGCCAAUACACCGACACGAGGAGGUCCAUGACUAUGACGGCGCAGCAGGAACGAGAUCUGGGUUACUGCCGUCCACCACCCAUCAGAACAAGAUCGUCUGCUAGUAGGCAGCCCUCGCCAUCAUGCAGAUCGCCAAUCCCGGAGCUACCCGAAACGUCCCCGCCUCGACAGAAGAUGAAGUCGAUGCCUCCUGUUAGUCUCAGAACACGCAGAAAGUCGGCUGGAGCCAGUCCACAAUCGAUGUCGCGCAAAAGCAGCCGCGAUAGCCUUCAAGGCCCGCCUCUCUCCGCACCACCUGUGCCGUCCAUCAAACCUGAAUUCCAGCACCUCCAGCAUGCAGCUUUGGCUUCGGUGCAGCCCAGCCAUCUCAACUCCUCUGCAAACCGCGGGACCUCGUCUGCCGCAAACCAUGGUAUUCAUCGCCCUAUGAGCGCCACCGUUGGAGCUCAGCAAGUACGCAGUCCAGGCCUGCGACACCGGUCCAGCUACGACGGUCACAGUAGUCUCCAGCGGCAUGCUGGCUUCGGACAGGGCCGGUACCAGACUAGCACGCAAAUGCAGAUGCAGACUGGGGGAUACUACCAGAACCAACUCUUGCAGCUUCAGGAGCAGUCAUGGCGCGGGGAGGAGCAGAACUUCGGUCGCUCAGGGCCUGCUGACCCUCGACUCGGCCAUUCGCGAAACCAAAGCGGCGGUACGAACCCACCCUAUCGAAUACUACACAGCUACAACUCGCCGGCAUACCGAAACGUCCAACUCUGGAGCUGA